AUGAGCGCACUCGUGAGAUACUCCCAUCCCUUCUUUGGCCACUAUGACCCAGUCAGUAUCUUUGCUAACGGCUAUCCAGACACACGGGACAAGCCCUUUGCCUGUGACUGCGGCCAGAGCUUCACCAGGCAGGACCUCCUUGCGCGCCAUGUCAAGCUGUCGCACGCAUCCCGGCCUGUACCGCAGCAGGGAGACAGCCAGAGGCUGUCUACACCCUCCACAGGCACGGACGGAGGUAUCGUUGGUAUGGCCAACACGGAUAUGGAUCUGUUCUGGGACCCGGGAGAAUUCAUGGUGCAAGACACCCUGGAGACGAUGCUCCUUGACCCCAACUUCUCAUCUUUUGUCAACCCUGCGCCCCGACUUGGCUCCUCCUCCCAGACUGAGAGUUUCACAAAGUUCAGCUCUCGCCUGCCAGCUCUGGGCGAGACCGGGGACAUUGGACAGGAAGAAGGUAUCCAUGAUGGACAGCCUACGGCAGUUGACGGAACCUCCCGCGAAUCAUGGUACAUCUCCGAGCCAGCCUAUCGAAAGAUCUGCGACGAGGUUCAGAGUAUCUCACACCUGCUCACGCCAAGCCUCACUAUCCCAUCAAGAGACACCCUCAUGCGAUAUUUGGAGAUUUACCUCGUCUGCGCAAGUAAAUUCUUGCCGUUCAUUCACCCGCGAACCUUCUCAGCCGACCACAGGCAAGUCGAGCUGACACUCGCAGCGACUGCCACCGGAUCACUCUACCGGUUUGAUCGUAUCAAAUCCUACGAGCUGUAUUUCAUGUCGAAAGAACUGCUGAUGGAGAGGAUACGUCGCCGGUAUUCCCAGCAUGCAGCUUCUCUGCUGGGGCAAGGAGCUCCACCCACGGGUUCAGGGCCAGAGCUGGGGAUUGUCCAAACCCUCAUACUGCUCAUUUCUUUUGCAUCUUGGGCAGACAAGACCGUCGCACUGGACGCAGUAUCCAUGACCAGUCAGCUCGCCGCUCUCUUGAGGCAGUGCGGCAUCUCCGAUUCGGACGAGAUGGCACCCGAUAUCGACUGGGUGCAUUGGAUCGCCGUCGAGGAGAAGCGAAGGACAAUCUUCGCCGCUUACACUCUGUUCGGGCUGCAUUCUAUCGCCUUCGAUGCUCCCCCGCUCAUCUUCAACCGGGAGAUUGGCGUGUGUCUACCGGGGUGCCUAGAACAGUGGAAUGCAAAAACUGCAGAAGACUGGCAACGAUCUGCGAGGCCUGCCGAACGGCACUUUCAAGAGAUGCUGCACUUGCAUUUUGAUGGGACUGGCGUGCCCCAGGGUGAGGUCUUGUCUUCGUUUGCCAAUUACUUGCUCAUGCAUGGUAUAUUGCAGCACAUCUACCUCGGCCGCCAUGCUGCUCUGAGUGCUUCCCAGUCUCUUCACGAUCGGGGCUCUAUAGAGUCGGCGCUGCAAAUCUGGCAGGCGUCGUGGGAAACAACCUGGGAGUCGACGCUCGAUCCGCUCUCUGACAAAGGGCCUUUUGGUUUGACGGCAACCGCACUGCUACGACUGGCGUAUAUACGGCUCAACACCGAUGUCGGACCACGCCGGGGUCUGCUGGAAAGAGACCUCGAUACCAUGAUCAGGACUAAGUCGAAGCUGCAGAGGUCGCUACACAUCGACAGAACCAUCCUCCACGCGGCGCAUGCGCUGAGCAUACCAGUUCGGCUGGGAGUCUCAUACAUGUCUUCUUCUGUAAAUCCAAUCUGGACGAUCGAGCAUUCGAUCUGUAGCCUCGAGUGCGCCUUGCUCCUCAAAGAUUGGCUGGAGACGAUAGCAGCAGUAACCAGGUCCGCGGGCGCCGAGGAGGGCCUUCGUAAGGGCGAAAAGAAACUCCUCGACAUCGUCGUCGACAUCAUCAAAGAGACAGACUUCUCCGCCACACUAAACAUCAUGGAGGACGAGGCAUCGCGCUAUCAACGCAUGGCGGCCACGGUCAUCAAGAUCUGGGCACAGAUCUUCCAGGGCACCCACGUCCUCGAGAUCGACGACGCCAUCGGCGCAAGCUUUCAGCUCCUCGACAAACUGCUCAUUACUAUGAUAGCUAAUUAA